CCGCCGGCCGGGUCGCGCCGGGCCCGCGCGGCGCAGGCGGCGGCUGCCGCGGGCGGGGGCGGAGGGAGGGAGCCGGGGGCCGCGGACCGCCGCGCCCGGCCCGCGCCUUGGCCGCGAGCUCCAUGCAUCCGGAGCCCGCCCCGCCCCCGACCAGCAGCCCCAGCCCCGAGCUUCCCCUCCGCGGCGGCAGCACCACCACCAGCGGCAGCCGCCGGAGCCGCCGCAGCGGGGACGCGGAGCCGCCCGGGCCGCCGCCGCCCGCCCUCGCCUACCCGGACUGGAUCGGCCCGACGUACUCGGAGGUGAUGAGCCUCAACGAGCACUCGAUGCAGGCGCUGUCCUGGCGCAAGCUCUACCUGAGCCGCGCCAAGCUCAAAGCGUCCAGCCGGACCUCGGCGCUGCUGUCCGGCUUCGCCAUGGUGGCGAUGGUGGAGGUGCAGCUGGACGCAGACCAUGACUACCCACCAGGGCUGCUCAUCGCCUUUAGCGCCUGCACCACGGUGCUGGUGGCCGUGCACCUGUUCGCGCUCAUGAUCAGCACCUGCAUCCUGCCCAACAUCGAGGCCGUGAGCAACGUGCACAACCUCAACUCGGUCAAGGAGUCGCCGCACGAGCGCAUGCACCGCCACAUCGAGCUGGCCUGGGCCUUCUCCACCGUCAUCGGCACGCUGCUCUUCCUGGCCGAGGUCGUGCUGCUCUGCUGGGUCAAGUUCCUGCCCCUCAAGAAGCAGCCGGGCCAGGUGCGGCCCACCAGCAAGGCCCCGAGCGAGGGCGCGGCGGCCAACAGCAGCGCGGGCGGCAUCACCCCGGGCCAGGCCGCCGCCAUCGCCUCCACCACGAUCAUGGUCCCCUUCGGCCUGGUCUUCAUCGUCUUCGCCGUCCACUUCUACCGCUCCCUGGUCAGCCACAAGACGGACCGGCAGUUCCAGGAGCUCAACGAACUGGCUGAGUUCGCCCGCUUGCAGGACCAGCUGGACCACAGGGGGGACCACCCCCUGAACCCCGGAAGCCACUAUGCCUAAGCCCCCACCCGCACUGGGCACUUGAGCGCGUUGGCCUUAGCCCGCCCGGGCAGAGGGGAGGGGAGAGGCUUUUUUGUAACGAGAAACUCACAGCACUUUGGAACUUUCCUCUGAGAAUCCGCACUUCCGUUCUUCCACCUCCGGGUGCUCCCAUUUGGAGACCACCGGCAGGGGCCAGCUUGGGGACAGACACUGCCUUUGUCCCUCCGUGCCCCGUGCCGGUGCCACCCGGUUGCUUCCUGCCCCCUCCCCCUCCUCCCCAUUCAGGGUCGAGUGUGUGCGUGUGUGUGUGCGCGAACACAAUAUAUUCAUAAGGGACACCUC